AUGACACCACCAAACCUCAAUGAAGAUCUAAGGAAUAAGAAUAUUCUUAAUUGGAGUGAUUUUGAUGUCGGAUGUUGGUUACAGCAGCUCAAUUACCCACAGCAUCUGCACAUGUUCAAAGAAAAUGAGAUUUCUGGUGAAAUCCUCGUUCAUUUGGACCAUGAAGCACUCAAGGAUCUGGGUAUUAUAUCCGUUGGAAUCAGGCUUAACAUUCUACGUGAAAUUUAUCAUCUCAAGCUCUUUUUUGAUAUUUCUGUUGAACCAGAGCACUAUGUACCACCUUCUGAAACCAUAAACCAAUCUAAAUCCUCAUCUUACAGCCAAUCUAACCUUAUAAACAAGGUGUCCGUCCACGACGAUAGACUAAACGCUCUGGAAUCUGAUUACAGGAGGUUAUUCAAGUCCUUCGAAGCUACUUACGAUGAGCUUAUGUGUUUGAAGUCUGAUAGUUCCUCGAAACCUUCCAAGCACCUCGACGACUUGCUCAAAUCCCCCGAUUCCGAACUUGAAAUUUCUCCAAAGACUAUCACCGUUUCCCCUGCUACCACUUCCGCACCAAGCUCUGCUCCCCCAAACACUUCAUCCACCUCUGCUUCCUCAAACAUAUCUGAGACACUCAAAGAUGACGACAACGAGGAUACCAGGGAUUCUAAUAACUUGAAAGACACCACCAGACUUCUCAGGCAGGCUUCUCUUGGUGAUUUAUCCCGUGCUAGAUCUGGUAAAGCUAAAUCAAACGUAAAAGUUAAGCUCGAUGACAGCUGCUGGACUGUCCUCCCUGCUGCGCUCAAGAAAUACAAAAUUGAUGAUGAUUGGACUAAGUAUGCCUUGUUCAUUUGCUAUGGUAAAACUGAACGUUGCUUGUCAUACGAUGAGCGUCCUCUGCAGCUCUUCCAGAAGCUAAAAGAACAGUCUCAGCAACCCGUCUUCAUGCUCCGACAUAUCAAGGAAUUGAGAUCACCUAUAUCUAUAGCCUUGCAAAAGCAGCGAUCUAGACGCGAAGCUAACAAUACCCUCACUCCACCCUCCAGUAGUAGUAAUCAGCCGCACUCGUCACUAUCCAGUGCAAACGCUAACGUUACUAGCUUCCGGAAUGGUAAACCACUCGCUGAAAUUUGUAGCAGUGAGGAGAUACAAGGCUACGCUAUAGCCAUAUACCCAUACACUGCGGAUAGAGAAGAUGAAUUUGACGUAAAUGUCAGUGAUCAAUUUGAGAUAGUGCAACGAGCCAAAGGAUGGUGGGUUGUACGCAGACAGGCUAAGAAUGAGGUUGGAUGGGUGCCUACGGGGUGUUUGCUGGAGGUCUCCAGUCUAUCCAACGAUGCCACUCAGAUGCAAAUUCUCAGCAACAGCUACGCAGCCACUGCGCUGAUAAAAUACACUGCCAACACACACAACGAAUGUGGGCUACACAAGGACGACAAGCUGAGGGUUUACAAGAAACAUAACCACUGGUGCUACGUGGUGAAAGAGCCAAAUGGAGAACGCGGAUGGACUCCUUCGUGGUACAUUUCAAGCAACAAGUCACGCGAAACGCAUUCUUCUAAUCCACCGCCUUCCAGUCAAGCUCAAAUGCCGCUAUCUGCAGCACCCAUCUAUAAGGGCUUCUCGUCGCCAUCGACGCCUGGCUAA